GCAACACUGACUGUCAUGGGUUUGCAAAUUAACAUUACGGUUAUUGGCAGGUUCCUGUUUCGUAGUGGAAAUCAGGAGCACCCUGGAGACAAGAUUGAAAACACAACGGUGGAAAUACUGCCUGUCUCGGACGCUGGACUACAGGCUAAAGAAAAGUAUAAACGUACUGAAGAUCGCUUUUACAGGAUUGGUCAGUUUGAGAAAGGCGUUGCAGAAGGAGCAGUAGAUCCAUCUCUUAAUCCUGUUUUGGCACUUCGACUCUCUGUUCACAAAGACUCAGCUGUGUGGGCAAUUCUGAGUGAAAUCCAUAUUAAGAGGAUAGCAGUCUGACUGAUACUGGCCAUGAGACAGUUGACUCAUGGCUCUCAGAGGACCAAACUCUAGACUGCUUUUGUAGAGACACCUACAAUGAACUCACCAGAGCCAAUACAGCCUCUCAUAAUGGAAGUGCUCCUCUCUGGCUCUGCUCCUCUGCCUGUCACUUUUCAUUCUGCUCAGCAUCACUUUGUUUUCUUUAAUCCCAUCUACUUCCUUCAUGACUGUUGCAGUGUGUGAGAAUGUGAAUACUACUGCAGCAAAAUGAAGACAACAGCUGUGGCUCUCAGUGACUGUCUUUCUCAGCUGCUUUGGAUGUAAUACAAAUAUGAAGAAUGAGGACAAUCUUCACAUCUUGGGAAAACCAGUCAGCUGAGUGCUGGUUCAGAUGCUGCCAAAUCCUUAUUUUACUUGAUGCUGCCACCUGUGGGCAGAUUGGGGUAUUGCACUGUCAGAACAAUUGUGUUAUCGAGGUUUCGGAUCAAGAAUGUCGUCAGUGAUGGCCAGUUGUUCUGCUCUCAUCUUUGAAGUAUUUGAUAAACACCAGCCCGAAUUAUACAUACACACAUACUUAUCAUUUUUUAUUUUACAGUUUUUAACAUUUGGCACAGAGAACAUACUAACGUUUUACGUUACAGAAGUCAGUACUGUGAACACUGACCUGUGUUCUUCAUUUUAUUCAGUUUAUUUUAUGAACUCAGUGCAAUUUGACUGAAUCCAUCUCACUAUUUCAGAAUUUGUCAUCCAUCGCCUUUGCAACACAGUCUUUAAAGAACAUAUUGUUAUAUUGAUAUACAUAUUACAGCUAUGACGAUCUAUGAAGGUGAAUUAAUUUAUUUGAAAUAAAUCUUUUAAUUUGUACAAGAUGUCAAAUAUAUUUUUAUUAUAAUAGAUGUUUAUGGUAGUUUAAUGACAUAAUUAUUUGCAAACUGUAUUGUUUAUCGUUUUAUUUUGACUUUGUUAAUAUAGCUGCUCAUUGUAAUUUUGUAAUGCAUAUGUAGGCCCAGCCAUAGGCUACUAUUCUGUAAAGAUUUCGGGUAUACAUUGCAAACUUUAAGUGCUAGACUUGAUUUGUAGGGUUUGGUCUAAACUGUAGUGAAUGUGCCUUAUAUUCACUUUCAUGAUCCACCAUCUGAGUGUCUCUUUCUAAUCACCUUGCUGGCUAUUAUAUGUUAAAUUUAUUGACCAGACAAGCCCUAUUCACUGUAGUUUGUGUUUACAUCUCAACGGUAACCACAUUGUUUGCACUACAUUGCCAUAUAACCUACUGUUCCACAUGUAUUGACCCAAUAAUUUAUUUAACAUUUUAAAUUAUACAACUUAAUGACUACUGAUGGCAGCCCUACUUUGUAUUCUUCUUAGUAAUAUUUAACUGAACCCCAUUAGUCAUUUUACUUCCGUAGACACUGUAAAACUUUGUAAAUAUUUAGUCAACUUUCAUUUCUUGCCUGACUUUACUUGUAAAAGAGAUAUUUGUGUUUUAACUUGAAGUCAUUGUAAGUGCAUUCUCAUUGUAGCGAUCAGUGUUUCUAGGGAGAUGUGAAGUGCCUUUUUCCUGAAUAGUUUUGUCCAUUUGUGGUUGUGCAACAGUUUUCCGUGAAUUCUUGUGAAGUUGGUACAUCAAGCAGGUUAUUUUGGGAAUUGACUUUGUCCACUUGAACUAGUUACGUGCAUGACAUAAUUUAAAAACCUACGUCAGCACUGUACAUUACAUUUAAAGACACAAAUUCUUCCUUUGCUCAACACAGCCAUUGGUUCAUGUGCCUUCAUGUACAUGUGUCUGCCUUCCUCUGAAGCUUUGCCAUCUUCAUUGUCAUUUUUAAAUAAACAAAUGGUUUGCUACAAGUCA